AUGGAUGACCAUUCAACGAUAAGUACAUGUUUGGACCUUCCUGUGAAUUUAAGUCAAGUAGAAAACUUGUGGUGUCCGAAUGAUUAUGAACGUAGUGUUCUAAAAGAAUAUAUUGAUUUUAUAUUUAAUGAUCAAACUAGCGUCAUACCAACAACAUUACCAUUGCCGAUGAUGACUGACAAGAAAUGUCUUGACAGAAUCAAUCCUCUUCUAAUUAUUGUUCUCAUUGGGAUCUUAUUAUUAGUUGCCAUGAACCUUGUCAUGGUCUCUAUAAUAACACAUGCAAUCUAUCGUACUAAAACUGGUCAACGACAAAAUCAUUCACCACAAUAUGAUAAAAUCAUUUUGAAAGACAAUGAUAUUCAACGAGAUAGACAUGGACGAUUUCAUAAUGAACUUCAACAUAUUCAAUUAUCAUUUCAAUAUAAUCGAUUUUCAAAUAAUUUUAUCACCGAUGAAAUUCAAUCAUUUCUACAUGAAUUUGGUGCACGUACAUUGAAGAAACAUUAUGGUGAACAAGAUGAUGAUCAAUUUCUUUAUGGUUCUUUGCGACAAAAUGUCGAGAUAUAUAAUCAACGACAGAAAGAAGCAAAACUCAAACGAUGUCAACAACUUUUUAAUCAACGUUGCCGACGUUCAUAA